AUGACUCCCCCAGCAACCAUGGCGGGUGCGGAUGCUAAUGAUAUACAAUCGGCGCCAAAGGAGAUCAUGGAGGCAGUCAAUGAAAUGAAGCCUAAGUUAACGAAGAAGAAAUUACAUGGGCGCGAGUUCUACGAGAGCAUAGGCAGUCCUAGCAUGAUUUUGGCGCCCAUGGUAGACAGGUCGGAGUUUGCAUGGCGUAUGCUUAGCCGCUCAUUUACCGAUCCGAAAUCCUCAUCUCCCUUACUUGCUUAUUCGCCAAUGCUUCACGCUCGGCUCUUCAACGAGUCACCGGGAUACCGUUCCCAGCACUUUGAACCUACUCGCCAAGUCAAAGGGGACGGAGAGUCAUCAGACACCAAGGUUGAGCCGUACCUUGACGGGAAUCCCAAAUUCGAUAGGCCACUUAUCGUUCAGUUUUGCGCAAACGAUCCCGACGAGCUGCUCAAUGCUGCACGCCAUGUUGAAGAACAUUGCGAUGCUGUUGAUUUGAAUCUUGGAUGUCCACAGGGAAUUGCGAAGAAGGGGCACUACGGUGCAUUUCUACAGGAGGAUCAGGAGUUGAUAUAUAAGCUUAUUAACAAGUUACACACCGAGCUAUCGAUUCCCGUGACGGCGAAGUUCCGUAUCCUCGAAACGAAAGAGAAGACCCUCGAAUAUGCGAAAAUGAUCCUCUCCGCAGGGGCAAGUAUUAUAUCUGUUCAUGGGCGGAGGAGAGAGCAGAAGGGACAUAAUACCGGCGUGGCUGAUUGGGAGUAUAUUCGUUAUCUAAGAGAUAACCUACCGCCUCAGACAGUGAUUUUUGCAAAUGGAAACAUUUUGAAUCACGAGGAUAUUAGCGACUGCCUGGAAUCAACUGGUGCAGAUGGCGUUAUGAGUGCUGAAGGAAACCUCUCGGACCCGACUAUUUUCUCGACGCCUCCGCUUCCAGGAAGUGAGGGAACGAUGUACUGGCGUGGAAGGGAUGGGAAGGGAGGAUAUAGGCUUGACUACAUACUUCGCCAAUACCUUGACCUCACGUAUAAGUACGUGCUUGAGCAAGAGCCGCCGGAGAGAGCGCCGCUAUAUAACCCCAAUGACCCUGUUUCUAAAGCCAGCGAUCAAUACGAAGAGGCUGAAGAGGAUGAAUUGGAACAGCCACCCAAGAAGAAACAAAAGCAACGGGCACGCACGAAGAGACCUACCUCGCCCAACCUCACUGUUAUGCAGGGACAUUUGUUCCAGCUGCUUCGACACCUUAUCACGCACCGAACAGAUAUCCGCGAUGCGCUUGCCCGGUGUGGUGUAGGCAACAUGGCCCAGUUCGAGAAAGUUGUCAAACUCGUCGACCAGGCCGUCAAGCAGGGGAUGCUGGAAUAUGAAAAUAAUCCAGACUGGCAGCAUGUCGCCCGCCCUUCGAAGCCUGACGUAGUCAAGUCGGACGAGUCCAAAGCGACGAUGGAGAAGUACCAGAGGCCCUGGUGGGUGUGCCAGCCAUUCAUUCGCCCGCUGCCAGAGGAAGCUUUGCAGAUUGGCUCGCUACAGCUGAAGAAAAAGGACCGACCUGCAGAGGACACCGGGCCCGCUGAUGCUAAGGCAGACAUGUCAGAUAUGGCAGAGAGUGGAGAGAAGCAAAACGGCAACGGAACUGAUACGCCCCAGUCUGCUGCUGGCGCUGGCAAGAAGAGGAAAAUAACCAUCACCCCCGACCCCUUGGUGAGUGGCUGA